AGGAAGUAGUCUUGUCAUUUCCCCUCUGGCCACAUACGCCCCUUAUCACUCUCCUCUGUCACCCAGCACAGAGGCCACGCAGACCUGAGCAGGAGGAAGGAAGGCUCUAGAUCUUCUGUAACUUUCCAGCAAGAACAUGCACCAGGAAACGCUGCAUGAAAUGCUGUUUGCGCUUCUGCUCUAUCUUGCUUGCCUUCUACCUGAGGUCACGAUGGACCAAAAGACUAAGGAAGUCUAUCAUCGCUUCAACACCACAGUACUGCUGAUGGGGACCAGUCUGAAUGCUUCUUUGGUCUUUAAUGUGGAGUGGCGUGCACAGCUAAAUGGGAGAGAAAAGGUCUCCAUCCUAACAUUCUCACCCCGCUCCAACAACAUCUAUAUUAAUGAAAGUUACAAGAAGAGAGUUGUCUUUUCUCAUACCAACUUUUCCUUGACUAUUCAUUAUGUGACUUUAAGCGACGAAGGAGUCUAUAUGCUGACCAUCCAGCUGCUUAACAAGCAGCAACAGAUCGACAGGACAAGAGUCACAGUGAUCAUACCUGUAUCGAAUGUGCGCAUCACCAGUGAGACAUCUGCUCCUCAUCAGGGGAAAAACAUCACUUUGAAUUGCCUGGGGACAGCAGGAAAUGCCAUGUCCUAUUCCUGGCAGAAAUGCAACCAGCCUUUGCCAAUUGGAAACCGCACCAUCCUGUCUAAGGACAACGCAUCCCUGACCCUCAUUAACAUACAGCAAUCCGACAUUGGGAAUUACAGAUGUGUGGCCCAGAAUGUACUCAGCUCCGGGCAUAAAGACUUCAUCCUGCAGCUCUGUGCUGAGACUGGUGUCUCUCCCUGGUGGAGCUAUGGCAUUUACGGGUACCCUGGCUAUCUGGGCUACGCUAUUGUCAUCUUCUACAUCUUCAGCUGGGUGAAAAGGACCAGGAAAAGCAGCUCCAAAGGCCAGUCAGAUACCAUUUAUGAAAACACAGCUUUUGAAAACACCUCCACAACCAGCAAAAGAGUUCACCCUGUCUACAUAAAACACAUCAAGAAGUAAUCUUAAAGGGAGAGAGAAAGACUGGUUUCUAUUCAGAGUGGCUUUAUUAUGUGUAUAAAAUAUUCAGCCUGUCCUGCUAGUGUGCACAUCCCAGUGCUGAUGGUGAGAAAUGGCGAAAGAAAGAAAGAAAGAAAGAAAGAAAGAAAGAAAGAAAGAAAGAAAGAGCUCUACAGAUGGAGCAAAACUGCCUUUGUGCACACUAGCUGCAUGCACCUGUCACCUACCUGUGGUACUUACAUGAACAUCUCCUUCCAAAGUAUCUGAGCACGACAACCUUUCAUUAUUUACUUAGCACUCACAACACUCAAUUGUUUCCGCAUUUUACAGAUGGUGAACUGAGAUGCUAAGUGACAUGCCCCAGAUCACAUAGAGAGUCUGUGGGCUUGUUUACACCACGCAGCUUUUAGCGACAAGGCUGUGUCGACACAGCCUUGUCGCUAAACGUCAGCGUGUGUAAACACCCUUUUUCGGUACUUUGUCGGCACUUUUGCUGACAAAAUACUUCCAGCCCUGCAAGCAGCAUUAGCUUUGUUAGCAGAAGAGCCCUCCGGCCGACAAAGCCGCGUUCACACUGCCACUUGCGUUGGCAAAACUUUUGGCUUGUUUAAGUACCCGUAAAAGACAAAAUUUUGUCGACAACUUCACAAUGUAGACCAGCCCUCAGGCAGAGAAGGAAACUGAAUCCCAGUUUCCCAAGUCCUAGGCUAGUCCUCCAACCAUUGGACCACCCAGCACCAACCUGUGUUGGUGAACAUAUGCAUUGUCCUUCUGGGAGGGAGACCUCUCCAAUGUUUCCAUUUUUAUGCAUAUGCAUUACUUCAUUUACAUAAGUGAUACCAAGCUACAGCAUUGCAAAAUAAAGGCGCUGUGCUCAGUGUCACCCCAAGUUGCCUCAUCCCCCACCAUCUUGUAGGUCAUUUACCUUCAACUCCACUGCCAUGUCCACAACAUUCUCAGGAACAAUCUGAGUCCUGGCCUCUUGAAUGGGCGGGAUCUUCUCCAUGAAGUGGGAUGACAGUUCUUCACAUCGCGUGGUGCUGGGUUCUGCCUAGGCUUGUAGAAAGUCUUUGCUUCCUUCUGUCUGUUUCAACUUUGGUUUUCCUGUCAUCAACACUCCCAUUUCUACACCUCUGUCUUUGUCUGGCAUAGGAUGUCAGAAAACCAUGGAGUUCUAUGGGUGAGAGGAAGGAAGGGGCAGUCUGGGGCCAAUGCAUUGAGGAUAGUGCACAAGGGUAAUAAUUCGGCAGAUCCUCGACUCCUCAUCUUGUGCGUGGAUUGCUCCUGUCCUAUUGGCAGGGUUUGGAAUUUGGUGGGGUCUUAGGUGGUCAGAUCAGACUUGUGGGUCUUUCACAGAAAGUGGGAGAGCUCUGACCCCUAUCUUCAUGAGGUGAUGGUCUAAGAAAGAGGUUGGGCUGUGAUGUCCUCCGUAUUGACAUCUAACCCAAGGACCAGGUCCAAGGUGCGACUGGCUGUGUGGAUUCAACCAAAGAGGUGAGAAUCAUAGAGAGGCAAGUGAGAGGAGUCAACAUGCAUGUUGAAAUCUUCCAGGGCAAGUCUGAAAUAUUUCACUAUCACCAUGAGCAAGGUAUCUAUGAGCUCCUUUAUGGGGGGAGGGAUAGCUCAGUGGUUUGAACGUUAGCCUGCUAAACCCUGGGUUGUGAGGUCAAUCCUUGAGAGGGACUAUUGUGGGAA